UUGGAUGAGAGGCCAGGAAUAGCACGAUCAAUGCCCAUCAAUGCCCAGCAAUGCCCCCACCCGACAAGGCCGCUGCCUCAACGGGCGCUUGCCUGUCUCGAGCACCGCCCAGCAAUCCGUGCAAGUAUCUUCUCUCCUGUCCAUCAUCCUGUCCAUCGUCCUGUUCAUCGCCCUGUCCAAGUCCCCGCAGUGUCUGGCCUUCUAUAAUGAACAACUCGCUGUCCCCGGGCCUCUGCGACUGGCGGGUCCAGGCACUCCCCUGCACCGCCAACAACCCCAUCGCAGCGUCGCUCUAUCUCGCCAGCAUCGCACUCAAUGCUGCAAACUGGCUCUUUGCCGGCGGCAUCCUCCUGCACCGGCUCGUAUACAAAUCGCAGCGCCUGCUCGACAUGCGCAUCCCAGGCUCCCUGCCCGUUCGCCCGACCGAGUGGUACCUGGUCUUCAUGGUCCUGUUCUGCGCCAUGCGGGUCAUCCACGGCUCCGUCGUCCUGGGCGGGUUGACAUCCAUCCUCAUCAUUGUCGAGUCCGUGAACUCUCUCUCGUGGAUCUUUCUAUUCUAUGCACUGGUGCUCUAUCUCGUUGGAAUGUACCACUCGAUCCCUGACUCGUUCAAAUGGAACUACUCCAACAUCGACGGCUCGCCCAAGAGCCCGCUGCUGAUCGACAUCCUCGCCAUCGUCCUGAUCAUCACGCCAAUCCUCUUCAGUCUGCCGCUGGGCAUCGUGGCCGCCUACUACCAAGACACCUCGCAGCCCGCCAGUGCCGACUGGAUCCAGCGGGCCCACUCGUUCGGCGCCAUGAGCGUGUGGCUCCUGCUGAUGGUCGUGUGGAUGUAUUGGGGCCAGCAGUGCAUCGUCAUCCUGGAGGAGCAGCUCGACGACGCCCAGUCCGACCUUGGACAGCUCUUCCGCGGCGAUUCCGAGAGCCACCAGCUGAACCCGCUGCGAGCGCAUGUGCAGCGCAUGAAGCGGGGCCGCCGGGACGUUGCCUGCCUCAAGGGCUUUGUGAUCUCCCACAUUGUCGUCAUUGGAUCCAUCUGCGUCUUUGACCUCGUCUACGGUCUCUGGAGCACGGAUAUGAUCGGCCCGAACACGACCAUUGACGAGGUCGUUUCUGCCCUGUGGCUGUUGUUUGUGCCAUUGAUGUCGACGCUGAACCUCGCCGUGAUAGCCAUGAGCGCCUGGCCCUGCCGGGUCACGGCCGCUGACGUGGGAAAGCGAACCGGAAGUAUGCAGUUUGGAGGCUCGUUGCGACGCCGCUCAUUGCCUCGACAGCGGUUCCCAUCAGCAUACCAGUACGGCACCGUGACGGCUGCGGCCCGCAGCGAUUCACGAUAAGGUACUCACGACUUGGGGCCUGCGGUGAUUGCCAGGAUCUCCUCUUCCAACCAUAUCACCCACCACCCAACACUAUACUACACGCCACUAGAUCAAGCCCUCGGCACCUGUCCGGUCCCAGUGGCUCUGUCGCUUCGUCGUUGCAGGCAACGCAAGCUCCACAACCAUGUAUACUGAAUAAAGGUGCACAAUAGUCUACUGUUGAUGAUAAGGAAAUACAGAACGCUUCUCGCUUCCGCUCACUCACUCACUCACUUGAUCGAUCGAGCCCGCGGUGGCUCGGGGUAGAAAUCAUCCAU